AUGGCGAUUGAACCAUGUUCAGAUGAUUCUAGUCCUCGUAUCUCUUUAUCUCAUGACAUUUCUCAGACAAAUACUGUUCCUGUUCCUGUCGAACAGUAUAUUCGAUCAACUAAUAAUUAUUCAUCCUCCUCUAGUAGUAUUGAUUUUGAUUUUUGUGUAUUACAUCAAAGCUUUGAUCUUGAUCAAUCUUCUUCAGCUGGUGAGCUUUUCUUUGAUGGCAAGAUUCUUCCCAUUGAAAUGAAGAAAAAGCAUAUUGCUCCAACUCUUCCGCCCAACAAGAUAGAAAAGUCACCGGCAAAAAGUCAUAAGUUGGUCGCUCCCAGUAACACAUGUUUCAAGAAUGAAAAAUUGAUAGAAACAAAAAGUGGGAUUCUUGAAACAUCAUCAUCAUCUUUAGACGAUGAAAAGCAGAACAACAACUCAAAGUCAUUUUGGAACUUCAAGCGUAGUCGUAGUUUGAAUUGUGGAACUAGUAGUAGUACUAGUACUAGUUAUGCUAGGACUUUAUGUCCUUUGCCACUUUUAUCUCGAAGUAAUUCAACUGGUUCUACUCCAAGUGUUAAGCACAAACAACAUUCCCAUAAAUCAUCUUUCUCCGUAUCUACAGGUCAAUAUCAAAAACCUCCAUUGAGAAAGAUUCCAAGUAAUACAUACAGUAAUGAUAUUAGAAUCAAAUCAGUAUUAAAUGUCCCUCCACCAAGUUUUUUUGGUUUGGGCUCUAUCUUUUCCAGAGGCAAGGAAAAGUACAAGAAGAGGUGA